AUGCAAGCUGAUUUAUGUAAAAUGCUCAACAUUCAUUUAAGAUGUGUACCAUUUGUUAUAAUACUUAUGCAAAAUUCCCAAGACAGGAAUAAUUUUAUGUCUGAUGAUGAGACACAUGCGAGUGAAGAACGGUUUUCAAUUUCCCCAGACCAAAUUUUAAGGACUCAAAUGAGAGAUCCAUUUUGA